AUGAAGGGCUCCAGCAAAGCUAUUAAGCGGGUAUUAGAUCAUUUAAAGUCUACAGGGAGAGUGCUUGGUGUCGUAGAGUCGGAAAGUUCUUACGCAAUAAGUGAAAAAAUAGCACCUGUUGAUAUACAAUACCAAGUUCAGGGGAGGAAACCUUUAAUCUUGCAAUAUAGAAGCUACAACCCAUAUUUGGUUAAAGAGGACUUUCUAUCGAUUUUGCCAGAAAAUAUAUAUAAGAAUAGGGGGCAAUUUACUAAUGAGCUUGACUUCCAGUUAAUGAAAGUCAGGGAUCCUAAGUAUUUCCAGUUCAAGGACCAGUAUUACUUGUUGUUUAAUGAUUAUAAUACACUUACUGAGUACGCUAAUUUAACAAAACAUUCGCGAAUAAAUAAAGUUAGGACGAAAAUGACACCAUUGCUGCAACCUUUGCCCACAAUGAUAGCGAAAUUCCAAAAAUACUCAAGGAAUUUAUAUAAUGCAUUCCAAUCGUCUGAGCAAUAUUUUGAAGGGCUGAACGAAAAGGUUGAUAUUGGUAAAGAAAUCAACACAAGCAGAUUACGGAGCAUCCUCGAUUCGAUUCGAGAGAUUCAAAGUAAGUCCGUGUUAGUUUGGAAUUUACCUACUGAAUUGCGAUCCAAGGAUAUAUUGAAUUACUUCUGGUUUUACAAUAUAAGAUCUAGCUUUAAAAUAUACUGGGACGAUGAAAUGAAAAGAAAUUUACGAUAUAUAUCUUUCGAAAACUCGAAUGACGCGUAUCGAUUUAAAAGGAACUAUCAUGGGGUAUUGGCUAAGGAGCUACUGAAACUAUCAAGAGGGGAGGGUGCGAUUGGCACUCCGUUUGAAACGGGCUCUGAUGGAAAUGAUUCUAAAGUGUUAAUUGAAUAUUUAAGCGAAUGA